AUGGAUAUGUUUUGUUGUGUUACCGGAGCAGGUACUCUAGAUAAAAGAGCGAGGUGUAGGGGAUAUUUAAAUGAUAUCACAAACAUCGCUCUCUCUCUAUGUCUUGAUAUCACUAGUGAAAGGAUGGAACAUCAUCCAAGUCAAGUCAUCGUCCUCUAA